GAGCGCACGCCGCCGCCGCCGCCGCCGCUGCCGCCGCCGCCGCCACCGCCGCCGCCGCCGCCCGACCCGCCGCAUUGCUGCUGCCGCCGCCGCCCCGGCCCGGCCCGCGGCCCUCAAUAUGGUGCAGCCGCCCGCGCCGCCGCCCGUGCCGCCACCCGCGGGCCCCGCCGCCGCCCUCGGGCGCCCGCAGAGCGGCAGCCGCAGGUGGAGGGCUGCGCCCCGAGCCUGAGCCUUCGUCCCCGCGCCGGGCUGCGCGGCCAGCCCCGCUGGCUCGCCUCUGAGGGGCACUUGGCGCUGAGGUGGAGCCGUUUGCACCAGCGCUGCUGCUCCUGCCCCCUCCCUCCCCCUCCCCUUCCCUCCCCUCCCCCUCCCUCCUCCCCUCCGGUCCUGUCUCCAGCGGGAGCGCGAGACGCUGGUCAGGCUCCGCGGCGCAGCUCAAAAAUGAAUAAUCGCCCCCGAUUGACUUAAAUUCCACCGAAGCCGGCGUCGCGGCCGCCUGCCGCUCGGGAUCUGCUCGCUGUGUUUUUGCUUUCUCCAUUCUUCCUUUUUUUUAAAAAAAAUAGCAAAACAAAACCAGCCAGCCAGCCAAGAAUCCGGUUUGUUGAUCGCCUUAUUUUUUUUUUUUUUUUUCACCGUUUGCGGGAUUUGCAAACCGAAUUACAUGCAUGUCCAGUGGGGGUAGGUUUAAUUUUGACGAUGGAGGGUCCUACUGUGGAGGCUGGGAGGACGGCAAGGCGCACGGCCAUGGCGUCUGCACCGGCCCCAAGGGCCAGGGCGAAUACACCGGCUCGUGGAGCCACGGCUUCGAGGUGCUGGGCGUCUACACCUGGCCCAGCGGCAACACGUACCAGGGCACUUGGGCGCAGGGCAAGCGCCACGGCAUCGGCCUGGAGAGCAAGGGGAAGUGGGUGUACAAGGGCGAGUGGACGCACGGAUUUAAGGGGCGCUACGGGGUGCGGGAAUGCACAGGCAACGGGGCCAAGUACGAAGGGACCUGGAGCAACGGGCUGCAGGACGGCUAUGGCACCGAGACCUACUCGGAUGGAGGGACCUACCAGGGCCAGUGGGUCGGUGGCAUGCGCCAAGGCUACGGUGUGCGGCAGAGUGUCCCCUACGGCAUGGCGGCGGUCAUCCGCUCGCCCCUGAGGACGUCCAUCAACUCUCUGCGCAGUGAGCACACCAAUGGCGCGGCCCUGCACCCCGACGCCUCCCCCGCGGUGGCCAGCUCCCCAGCGGUGUCCCGAGGGGGCUUCGUGCUCAUGGCCCACAGUGACUCCGAGAUCCUCAAGAGCAAGAAGAAGGGGCUGUUCCGGCGCUCGCUGCUGAGCGGGCUGAAGCUGCGCAAGUCGGAGUCCAAGAGCAGCCUGGCCAGCCAGCGCAGCAAGCAGAGCUCCUUCCGCAGCGAGGCCGGCAUGAGCACGGUCAGCUCCACCGCCAGCGACAUCCACUCCACCAUCAGCCUGGGCGAGGGCGAGGCCGAGCUGUCGGUCAUCGAGGACGACAUCGACGCCACCACCACCGAGACCUAUGUGGGCGAGUGGAAGAACGACAAGCGGGCGGGCUUCGGUGUGAGCCAGCGCUCGGACGGCCUCAAGUAUGAGGGCGAGUGGGCCAGCAACCGGCGGCACGGCUACGGCUGCAUGACCUUCCCCGACGGCACCAAGGAGGAGGGCAAGUACAAGCAGAACAUCCUCGUGAGCGGCAAGCGCAAGAACCUCAUCCCGCUGCGCGCCAGCAAGAUCCGAGAGAAGGUGGACCGGGCCGUGGAGGCGGCCGAGCGGGCUGCCACCAUUGCCAAGCAGAAGGCAGAGAUUGCGGCCUCCAGGACCUCCCACUCCCGGGCCAAGGCCGAGGCAGCCCUCACCGCGGCUCAGAAGGCCCAGGAGGAAGCACGGAUUGCCAGGAUCACUGCCAAAGAGUUCUCCCCUUCCUUCCAGCACAGGGAAAACGGGCUCGAGUACCAGCGGCCAAAGCAUCAAGCUUCCAGUGACGACAUCGAGGUGAUGUCCACUGGGACACCCAUGCAGCAGGAGAGCCCGGAGCUGUACCGCAAGGGCACCACCCCCUCGGACCUGACCCCCGAUGACAGCCCCCUGCAGAGCUUCCCUGCCAGCCCCUCGGUCACUCCACCACCAGCUCCUGCGUCCAGGAACAAGGUCGCCCACAUCUCGCGGCAGGUGUCGGUGGACGAGGAGCGUGGCGGGGACAUCCAGAUGCUCCUGGAGGGCAGAGGAGGGGACUAUGGCCGCCACAGCUGGGGUGAGGAGAAGGCAGGGGGGUCCAGGGGGGUCCGCAGCGGUACCCUCCGCAGUGGCCAGCCCGUGGAGGACUUUCGCACCCGGGGCUCGGGCCACAAGCAGCCCGGCAACCCCAAGCCCCGGGAGCGGCGGACGGAGUCGCCCCCUUCGUUCUCCUGGACUUCCCACCCUCGGGCCAGCAACCCCAGCUCAGGGGGCGCCAAACUGCUGGAGCUCGAUGAGGAAAAGCUGAGCAACUAUGAGAUGGAAAUGAAGCCCCUGCUGAGGGUGGACGCCCACAUGCAGGAGGCGCACCCCCAGAAGAGACGCUACAGCAGGGGGGCUGCCUGCCGGGGCCUGGGCGAGGACCGGGGCUUUGGGGCGCAGAGACUGAGACCCAAGUCCCAGAACAAGGAGAACGUCCGGCCGGCCGCGAGCGCGGAGCCCGCAGUGCAGAGACUGGAGAGCCUGCGGCUGGGGGACAGGGCCGAGCCCCGGCUGCUGCGCUGGGACCUGACCUUCUCCCCACCCCAGAAGUCCUCGCCCGUGGCACGGGAAUCGGACGAGGAGAACGGGGACGAGCUCAAGUCCAGCUCGGGCUCAGCGCCCAUCCUGGUAGCCAUGGUGAUCUUGCUAAACAUCGGAGUCGCCAUUUUGUUUAUUAACUUUUUCAUCUGAUGAGAUUGUCACAUUAGCAAAAAUACCGGUGGGUGUACAAAAGGGGGACGUUAACGGCGAAACCGCAAAGAGGAAAGGACCAUAACGCAGACAGCCUGACAGCUACUUCCGAGUUUCUUCACAGAACACCACGAUUGGCGUUGCUCUGUCAUCCAGACGAAAGAACAAGGUUCCAGAAUGCCCGAGUGCUCUUUGGCCCUGGCUGCGGAGCCAGCCCGGCCAGCGUGUAUGGACGUGUCUGUGGGGCCAUGGGCUCGUCCACACGCAGGUCCCCCUGUGCUCACACCUGGGAAGGUCCUUAAAGCGAGUUCCCACAGUCGUCCUGGGUACAGCCCGUCUAUGACUCUGCCUUGCUUUGCUUAUGUUCAGCUGUUUCUCUGCUACCUUUCGAGCAGAUUUCUUUACUACACUGCACUGGAUUGCUAUAUUUUUAACCAGAAAUAAACUAAAGAUUAGAGCAUGUUCCAGUUAAA